AAGAAAGUAGAUUAUUCCGCUGGACUUUGUGUGACAGAUGUCCUGUGGUCCAUAUAUCAAAUGCUACUGACAUAUAGGUGAUUGAAAACCUGUCGAUCAAUCGACCAGUCAUCACUAUCACAGAUCGAAUCAUACAGAUUACAUCAUUAUGAACACCAUAGUCUAUGGAAUAAGUCUAUACAGACAUUGGGCAUUUCCUGGUUUGUCGAGCAUUUAUAGGAUACUGUCCUACAUUGAUUAUGCUGAAGGAAAUUAAACAGGUAGAGAUGUCGAGGGAAAAUAAAGAAAAUGAUAGUUAUUUAGUAUUAUGUGUAAUUUUAAAUGCCAAUGUAUUGGAAACAUUUACAAACAAAUCAGACGCCUACUGCUGAAAAUAUUAACUAUUGCUUGAGUUUGAAUAAGAACUUCAUUUAGAAACAGAAAAUAUUAACUAUUGCUAGAGUUUGAAUAAGAAUUUCAUUUCGAAACAGAAAAUAUUAACUAUUGCUAGAGUUUGAAUGAGAACUUCAUUUAGAAACAGAAGAUACUGGCUAUUGCUAGAGUUUGAAUAAGAACUUUAUUUAGAAACAGAAAAUAUUGGCUAUUGCUACAGUUUGAAUAAGAAUUUCAUUUAGAAACAUAAGAUACUAGCUAUUGCUAGAGUUUGAAUAAGAACUUCGUUUAGAAACAUAAGAUACUAGCUAUUGCUCGAGUUUGAAUAAGAACUUCGUUUAGAAACAGAUGUAUAAUGCAGAUAAGUUCUCGUGUAUGCACAGUGCAUGUACUGCUAAAAUUUCUCAUGGGACAGCCAUAAUUACAUAAGUAAUACAUGUAUUGGGAAAACAGGUGCAAAUUUAAUUGUUCGAGUUACGAAUUGUAAUAAUUGGACAUAAUAAUGGAAGGAAACUGUUUUCGUCCAGGCACAUGUCUAGCAUGAUGUGCCCAUGAACCUUUUUUUUUAGCAAAUAAAGCUUUAUAUGGGAUAGUGCAUUAUUGUCUUGUCAAUAACAGGUCAUAAAAUAGUGUUGUGGUUUUGGCUGUCUUGUCCAUCUUUAUACGAAAAAGUAAAGAGGCGUUGAAGAGGUCAGUAUGGUAAUCAUUGCCAGAAUUAUAGCAAUGUACUUCACCAGUCUUACUUACCAUGGGGAAAUCUUGCAUGUAGGUUAAGAUUAAGGAAUGAAGUUUUGUUUUGCCAUUUUUUGACUGAUUAGAGGGAAAAUGGCAAGUGGCUUCACAGAGGAAUUUUUCUACAGCAGUACACCAGACAGAAAUGAUGAACUGCCACCUCCUUAUGGGGAUUUUGUCUUCCGUCCUCCAACCAGACGGCCAGUGGUUAAAACAUCCAAGAGCUUUAAAGACAAAAAAACUAAGAACAAAGGGAAAGCGCCACCAUCUAGAAUGUACGCCACAGUCAGGGAUCCGAGAGUUGCACCAGGACAUCCGCUUAUCCACCCUGACUUCAUCACCCCCCAACAGUUCAUACCAAAGAUUGUACCCCCUCAACCAAAGCCAGUGAAACCAGCAAGAUCUAAGAGCUUUAAUGAUAGCAAAAAAGCAGAGCAGAAGUUGAAAUCGAAGAAUCUGCCUUCAUCUAGCACCUAUAGGUGUCAGAACUAUCCGGUUCCAACGGAAGAUCCAGAGGACCCGAGUGUCCACAUUUUCUCUGCGCCUCGCCAGAUUCCUGUCCAACCAAAGCAGAGGUUAGGACUUCACGAGGAGCUGUUUAGACCUCCCUCAAGCACUCCAGGUCCUACCUCGCCACCUCAUUAUAGAACAAGUCCUGAACAAGGUUUUCAGUUUGGUAGGCCCUCUAACAGAGUUCAUUACAGUGGGAUGUAUGUGCCAUCAAAUGAAUUGAAAAACAGUUUAACUCUGAAAGAACUGAAUCAGUUAGAAGAUGAUGAAAUUGUUCAACAUCAGAAACCUCAAAAGAAGAAAAGUACAGUAAAACAAAUUCUGAUAAGUUUGUUUUCAUCAAAGAAAUCCAAUGAGCAAUCACAUUCUAAGACUGAAAAGAAGAGACAAGAUGAGAAUGCCAAAACUCCAAAACCUGCAGCAAGAACUGCUGUGGCAAGAAGUCCAUCCAGUGAAAUAACUAAAGAAAAAGAUAUUGAAAAGGGGAAUCCCACGAAUCGUAUCUCUAUUGAGGCCGAAGAUGAGCAGAAGACAAGUGGUAAAAGCAGCAGACCAAGUGCCAAGAUUCUGCAUCAGAAUGAAAAACAGGAUCAAAUUAUUUGGGAAUUGAAGAAGAAAAACAGUGAUGCUGCAAGAGAUGACUUGGGAGCCACAUUGGAAAGUGAGGGUCUAUUUCAGGUGGAAGAGAAAGUGAAAGGCAGGGAAAUGGAAGGAAAGGAAUCAGAUAAUGGUUUCCAUGAGAUUUCGAGGAAAUCUGACAUCCCAGACACUUGUAUACCAUCAAAAGAAAAUGAACAGCAAGAUGGACUGAAGAAGUCACAAUCUGUACCGCGUGACCUUUUCAAAAAGAAAAACAGAAAAUCAGAGAAUCGGUUUGGAAAGGAUGACUGUUGGAACACAGACUCUGACUUUUCCAAAUCACUGGGAGAUUUUAUUCAAUUAAAUCAGCAGAAAAAUGAGGCUGGAUAUAGUAACACUAAGGGCAGCCAGGAUGGAAAGGAGAAUGGUUCUUCAGGUAUUUCACAGCUUGGUUGAAGUGACUGUGGUUCUCGGACCAAUAAAAACAUGAUGAUAGUUUUUAUAAUUUAAGGAAUGUUGCAUGGCUGCCUCAAAUAUCCUCAUUGUUUGGAAUUUGAUAUCAUUUGCAUCCUUAAAUCAAGCCUGAUUUCAUGUAUGGUUUACGUUUAAUCAAUAUUGUAUAUACCAAAUACAGUUCUCCCACAUGGUGGUUAUUUUUGGCCAGUCUAAACAAGUUUAUUAAUCCCAGCUUCAAAGGACAUUAGAUGGAUGAAAAAUUCGCACUAGAAAAUUCUACUCCGGAUGUAAUGAUAUGUUGUAAUCACUGUAAUUGGGAAAUUACACGUUAUUGUGAUGAACAUUUGAAUUGGUUCAUAAAUUUUAUUAAGAACUUGUGUGACAUUGAGUUUGCCAUCUCCAGGAUUGAAUGCAUACAAACACAUGUACAUACACACACAUGUACAUACACACACAUGUACAUACACACACUAUAUGAUUAGUCUUUCCAGAAGGAAAAAGAGCAGUGAAUUGAAAUGCCUGAGAGAUUUUAUCAUAAGAGUGUACAUUUCUCCUAUGUUAUAUACACUGUGAUCAUCCUCUGGUGUAGAUUAUGAUGAUAAGGUUUUGUUUGUAUGUAAAUGGAGAAAUCUCUCUCAGGAAUUAGAACAUGUGGAAGAUAAUUUGCUUUUAAAAAAGGUCUUGACAUGGAUAUAAACCUAAGUUUCAUAUUGCAUUGUUUUAUUUGUAUAGAAAAACAAAACAUUUGAAUGUGUUGAGUGAAAAAAGACAGUUUGUUAGAAUUGCAUUGUAAUACUUGAGAUCAAUCAAAUAGAAUUAUGUAUGUAAAGUCACACUUCAUUUAUGUUAUGCAUGUAUGGAACUCUGACGGGGUAGAGCAUUUGAAGUUAGAAUUGUACAGACAUCAAAGAUUACUAGUCUGCAGGAAUGGCUUUGAAGUCAGGUUAAUGAUGUUUCACUGUCUGCCAGACUUAAAGUACCAUGUUGAUAUUGUAUAUAUUAAAAUAUUGUAAUUACUGCAUUACAAGUAGUACACCUGAUCUAAGGUAGGAAAAGUAGACAUGUACAUAUAUGGUUACUAUUGACUGAUAUUUUGUGAGUUCUUUCUACAUUUGAGUAGCAUUUAUGUUGGCUCGCAGUAUACAAUUCAAGAUAAUCAUAUAUGUCUAUUUAAAGUAAUAAAAACUGAAAUAUUUUGUAUUGUGAAUUAAUUUGCUUCACUAUGGUCCUCAGAAUCAGGAAAGUUUCCAAUCUUAGGAAUAAUGCAGGAACUGGUUGAUUAAAUAAAGAGAUUGAUUUCAUCUUCAGCUAAUAUUGAUGGGGAAAUAAAGUCUAAAAGAAGAGAUAAAAGAGUCUGCAAAAAGUGGCCAAAGCAAUGAUACAGUUUUACAGCUUGCCAAAUUAGAGAAGGCUGCAAUAGAGUCCACAGGGAAUAGGCAUGGAGUGCCAUUUAUUAAAGACCUAGUAAAAGUCUAUUAAUUUUAUAGAUUUUGACGGUGUGAAAGACAAGUGGAAAAUAAAUAAUUGUAUUCCUGAUCAUGCUUUCUCUUUACAAUAGUUCAAUUAAAUUUUAAUUGGUUCUUUGUGAUCCCAGCAUGUAUGUAAAAAUAUUCUUUGAGAUGCUCUGGAGGAACAAACAAUUGAGAGAGUACUGCAUGAUCAAUCUGCUCUACGGGGCCCAUCAUUUUUGUUUGAGCAAGGCAUUAAACUUUUUGAUUGCUUGUCUCUUUAAUACAAGUCGACUGGCAUAAAUGAAACUGGCAUGUUCAUCAUCGCUGGCAGUUGCUACAUAUUUGAUUUCCAAUCAUUUCACUAACUCAUUAUUGAACAUCAGGAUAUGUUGAACACUGAGAAUUAACAUGCAACAGUAACUCUAAAUUCAGACCGGCAGCAUCAUCUAGAUGUAAAUAUAGUGUUGACUAGGUCUGAACACAGAGUAUCUAGGUCUGAACAUCUAGGUAUGAACACGGAGUGUUUUCUGUAUAUCAUCCACUUCUGAACACAAGAGUGUCUUCUACAGGUUGUGUAGGUAUAGAUAUGGACGUGUUUUCUAGGUUGAAACACAGUGUCGUGUAGUUUUGAACAUGAGUAUCAUCCACAUCUGAACACUUGAGCAUUUUCUGAGUGUGAAUAUGGAGUAUCAUCCACGUCUGAACACUUGAGUAUCGAUCUUCUCGGUAUGAACAUGCAGUAUCUUCUCGGUAUGAACAUGGAGUGUCUUCUCGGUGUGAACAUGGAAUAUUGAUCUUCUAUGUGUGAACACCAAGUAGCUUCUAGAUCUGACCACUGAAAAUUGUCUAGGUUUGAACAAGGAAAUCUAGCUAUGAUCAAGAGUGCCCUGCAAAAUCAAAGACACUGUAUAUCUUGGUCCAUUCUAGUAAUAUUUUAAUGCUAAUUGAUGAUCGAUGCCAAGUUAAUUCUCCAAUACCAUUAAUUCAUGGUAAUGAUAGUCCACCAACAACAUAUAUGCUCAUUGUUUGUUAUAUUCAAGUACACGUAUUGUUGCAGUGUUUAAAAAUACUCAGUUCUUUCAAAUAAAAUAUCUACAUUCAAAAACAUGUAAUGUAAAGUUAUUGUCAAAACUACAUGUAAAAUCUCAAACACUUAGGAAAAAACUGUCUUGCUAAUUAUUAAAAUGUAUGAUAUUUAAACUGUAUUAGCUGACAAUCUGCACCCCCUAAAUCAAGUUUCGAAAAACUAUAUUUUAGGUGGAUAUCACCCUGUGAAGAUUGGAGAUCUCUUCAACAAC